CACUUUUACAGGGAUAUUGAUUCAAAUCCACUCGGACCUACUUUGCCAUCCGACAUGUUCGCUGGCUUUAGUAAGAUGGAUAUUCUGUAAGUUAGUAGCUCUAGAAAAUUCUCGAAUGAUUUCGAAACUUGUUAUAAAAACGCCGAGUGCGAACGUGAUCAGUCACGUGCAUGCUUGACUACUCUCUCACUGUUCCUUUUAGAUAACGUCCCUUGUUUUAAAAAGUUUAAACGUUUUUGCCCAGCGUUUUGCUUCCGAAUGUUGUUUAUUUAGCCAACUGAUUUGUGCUCCUUUGGGUCGAUUCGGCUUUUUCUCUUUCGACUUAGUGGCCAUACCGAUAACUACGCCUCAAAUUAAAUGAUUAUUCGUUUUAAAGUGUCUGCUAUCACCAGAUCAUGUUUCACACGAGUUACAAUCAACUUGAUAAAGCUGGAUCAACGUAGAAAGUUGCGUUAUUUCCUUGCGGGUUCAAUUUUACAGAGAGUGAAAACAACAAAUUUUAAAUGAAAUACAUGUUUUUCACCUCUUUAGAGGUUGGCUGCCGUUCUGUAACAAAACUGUUUUAAACUACUGGUUCAAUAAUCCCCCCUCGCGAUCCAGCUCUUUCAAUAAAAUUCUUGACUAUUAAAAUAUGACUUAGGAAUGGUGUUUGUACUUUGGCUGAAAAGAAAAGAAAAACAAAAUCAGAAAAGCAUUGGAAGUGACAGAGAAUUCAUUCGUGAUAGACUUGUCUCAUAAAUCCGUUGUUAGAACUUUCCAUAGUUACAUUGUUUGACAGUUUCUACUCUUUCCUUCACUUCAAACUAUUUCGCGACUUUUUUUCAUAGCUCCAUGAGAGGCUGCCACCUGGAAGAUAUCGAAAAUGGAACAUUUAGAGCCAUGAAAAAUCUUACAGACCUGUGAGUGAAUUUUUUCUUGGAUAUAUUUAUUGAUUUUUCAGAUGUCCGAGCGAUUGUACGCGGUAUGCGUCAUGAGAAGAGCGUUCCGAAAGUUAUAUGUACAUAAUGUUAACUAGAUCAAGAAGUUGUGUUUUAUGUUCUGUUGUGCAGACACUUCUCGUGACGUUUGACUUAGGCAAUCUUAGCAGGUUUAUUUUGCCGAAACUUUUCUAAGCCCGACCAUCCACAAGUCAUUACACAUUUGUCCGUUUUUAGUGAUCUGUCCUUCAAUAAGCUGGCUCAUAUACACAAGGGUACGGUGGAAGGACUUACUGAUCAGCUAACAAAUCUGUAAGUAAAUCGUCGUUAAGGAACACCGUUAUUUACAGAAUAAUAAGAACUUACUAAAAAGAAAUUUUCAGGAGACCGCGAUCGUUUCUAUGGACAGUGGUUUAAACCACGGAUAGUACCUUUUGUACCGCCUUGUUUAUUUCACAUUUGAAUAGAUAGGCCGAUUGACUUUCAUAUGCAUCUAUGCAAAGCAGAAGCAAUACGACCCUUCUUCCCUCCUCCCCCCUCGCCUCCACAGACAAAAAAAAAAAAAAAAAAAAAAAAAAAGAAAAAAAAAAGAACUGUUUUGACUCUUCUAACAAUUGAUAGGUACCUUGACGGAAACGAAUUAGAGACCAUAAGUGAUGGAACGUUUAAACAGUUUAAAAUUCUCCAAAGAUGGUAA